AUGAUUUCUCCAAUGGAAGCAGUCGGUGUGCCCAAGGAAUGUAUAGAGGUAGCAACCUACGGUCAAAAGUUGUGCAUGACAGGGAGCACCGUGAUAGAGAUAAAGCAAUUGGUAAACUUUAUUAACUGUGUAAAAGAACUGUACAAGAUAUACAUGUACAAGACAACAGCUGAUUGGAAGGUUCCAAAAGAAGUCCUAGCUGUCAUCCGUAAAGUACCAAAUCUGGGGAAAAACUCACUUGCCGUUGCCAAGCUGGAAGGGCUGUGUUUUGUGUCGGUGUAUUUGCUGUAUAGGACUGUGGACCUGUACGAUCGCGCUUUGAACUUGGGCAUAGACUUCCAGAUGUAUCGCAAAGAGUUCGAAUCACUUCAAAUUGAACUGCAACAAGUCAUACACCUCAUACACGAGGAGCUUCUACCAAACUGGAGGCACCUUAGCCUUGGAGUUUUGAGGAAAAUUACACUGGAUGUGGAUGAAACGUUAAGUCGCUAUCACGCAAAACUCAUGCAGGUGCUGCAACACAUUGACACCGACAUCAAGAAAGGGCGUCUUGGUAUUGCAUGGGCUUUUGCUUUUCAGUUGGGAUCCGCUGCUUUGUGCGGAGUGUCAGCUUUGGUUGGAAAUGUACCGGGAGCUAUAUCUGCAUUCGUCGCUAGUUUCACAGGCCUUGCUGGCGUUCGUUCUUUCGCAUUAACAGUUCAAGAGCUGGAAUCACUCCAAAACGAUGUGGAGGCUACGUUAAUUGAAAUCGAAGAAUAUCGCUUUCUUCUUCAGCAGAAGCUAUUGUAUUCAGAAAUUUUUGUCUUCCUCUUCAAUACCCUUUUCCUUGUUUCUGUCAUUGCUCUGUUCAAGCUGAAUCUGCCGCAACCGCUGAGCAUGGAUGCUCAGGGAGGCAAUAACUAG